CUUCACUGCUAAAGUAAGACAUGCCAUGGAAAGUCACAAGUUUAGACAGAUAUACAGGUGAUUCCAGAGACUCCAUUAUCGGAAUUACCAGAAUCCUCGAGUCCAGUGUUCAAAAAAGCUAUCAAAGAAUCAGCCAGUGAUAUUCAGUAUAUUUCUAGCUCUGAAGACGAAGACAAGCAAAGGCCUGCACCUCAAGUACAAUUAAAGCCACUAAAAUUGAAGAGAAAUCCAAACAAUCAGGUGUUUGAGAUAAUGUCUUCGCAUAGUGAAAACGAAUCCUCAGAAGAAGAUAACUGUGGUAAAGCACAUAGCAGACCUUGCAGCUCCACAUCGGGCUAUUGUUCGAACAACGAUGAUGAUAGGAAAGAAAGAUUAAAAAGUUUACAAAACCUGUUUGUCAGUCGAAGUAAAGAAGAGUUAGAAGAGUUUGUGAACUCCACCAAUACAUUAGAUGAAGCUGUAAAUGCAGUGUUAAAUUCUAAAUCAUCAAAAGGAAGAAAAAAACGGAGCAGGCAAGAAUCUGUCGAGCAUUCACAAGACACCCAGCGAACAUACAGCAAUGAGUCGAUAAUUGCUCCAAAGAAGAGAGCUAGAAAAGAACCACUAGCCCUUGAGGAUAGUUUCACAGACUCAGACGCUACGUUGAUUGGUUCUCAAAAUAAAGAUAAACUUAUAGAGCAGCUGAAAGAUAUGUUUCCAAAUGAAGGCACGCAGGACUUAGAACGCAUAUUAGAAAACAGUGAUUGGUCUGUUGAUGCUGCUGCUACAAUCGUAUUGUCGCUAAAAGAUGAGGAUGAUUCAGUAGAAACUAAGCCACAAGAAGAGAAAAAGAUUGAAGUGAAAAAAGCAAAAGAAAGAGAAGAAUCUCCAAAAAAUAAUCAGAAAAUGUCUAAAUCUACAAAAAGCAAAACGGAUAAGAAAUCAGCAAAGCAAGAAGGUUAUCGUAGAAUUGUUGUGGUGAUUUCAAGUGAUGAAGAAAAUGAGGAAAAUCAGAAUGGAAAAGAUGAAGAUAGCGAUAGUGAUGCUGAUGACAAAAAAAAACAGGGUACUUGUAAGGACACAACAGAUGGUGCCCAUCAUAGCAGCAAUAUUAACGGUGCAGCUGGCACUGAAAGCGAGGAUUCUGAAGAUGGUGGAGAUGAUGAGGAAGAAGGCUAUGAUAGCGAAGACAGUUACGUUGAAGAAGGUUUCUGUUUAGAAAGUAAAGAAGUAAUUGUGACAUUUUUCAACGAGUCCACUCUGGAGGAAUUACAGAUGGUACCUUUUUGUUCCAAGAAAAAAGCUGAAAAGAUUAUUGAAAUGCGUCCAUUUGACGGUUGGAAUGAGCUGUGUCAAAGUAUGGAAGAAACCAAAGGUCUGACGAUUGAUUUAGUAUAUGACAGUAAGACAAUACUGGAUGAACGAGAAGUGGUGAAACGACUCAUGAACAAGUGCCGAAAAAUAGCGACUGGUUUGCAAAAAAUUAUUGCCAGGAAUUCAGAUGAUGGUAGUGGUCCAGUGGAGCCAGCAGAUGACCAGAUUGUGGAGCAGCCGAAAAUUUUAGAUGCAAAUUACUCUUUGAAGCCAUAUCAGAUAGUUGGACUAAAUUGGCUGGUUCUCUUGCACAGACAGGAAGUUAACGGUAUACUGGCUGACGAAAUGGGUCUUGGUAAGACUGUUCAAGCUAUAGCAUUCCUAGCACACUUGUUUGAAGAAGGUGACAAGGGUCCUUUUCUUAUAAUUGUACCAUCGUCAACCAUAGAGAAUUGGGUGAGAGAGUUAAAUAAGUGGUGUCCGUCACUUGAAGUUCUACAAUAUUAUGGUUCACAAGAUGAAAGAAAAGCAUUCCGAUACCAUAUCUUGUCAGGCAGACUCAACUUUCAAGUGAUGAUAUCAACUUACAACAUGUGUAUGAAUAUGACAGAAGACAAAAAUCUUUUCAAAAAACUUGACUUUCAUUAUAUGAUAAUUGACGAAGCACACAUGUUGAAGAACAUGAAUUCACUGAGAUAUAAAAAUAUGAUGAAGAUAAGGGCAAAGAGGAGACUAUUAUUAACAGGCACACCGCUGCAGAAUAAUUUAUUAGAGUUGAUGUCUUUGUUAUGUUUUAUAAUGCCACAUAUAUUCAUGAGAGGUGGAAGUACAGAUCACUUGAAAAGAAUGUUUGCUGCAAAAUAUAGCAGUGACAGCGCUGAACAGAGUAAUUUUGAGAAAGACAGAAUAGGUGACGCUAAGAAGAUUAUGCAACCAUUUGUACUGAGGAGAAUAAAAACUGAGGUACUUAAUCAGCUACCAAAGAAGCAUGAUUGCAUUCAUAGGUGUUCCUUAUCUGACAGUCAACGCAAGCAAUACACCAAUCUGGUUGCCGUAUUGACCAAGUCAUUACGUAGUAAAACAGAAUCUGGCAAUCUCGCUGGUGCUAUGAUGCAGCUACGAAAGAUGGCCAAUCAUUCCCUGCUACAUAGGCACCACUUUAAUGAUGGAAAACUUAGAAAAAUGUCAAAACUUAUGCUAAAGGAACCAACCCACCACGAUGCAAGUGAUGAGCUUAUAUUUGAAGAUAUGUGCGUAAUGUCUGACUUUGAACUUCAUGGGUUGUGCAAUCAGUACUAUUCUAUCAGCUCUUUUACAUUGCCGACAGAAACUCUUCUUAACUCAGGAAAAUUUUAUAAACUUGAUAGUCUGCUGCCGGAGAUGAAGCAAAGGGGGGACAGAGUAUUGCUGUUCAGUCAGUUCACCAUGAUGUUAGAUAUCAUUGAAGUCUAUAUGCAGUAUCAUAAACACAAGUAUUUAAGGCUUGAUGGGCAGACACCGGUACAAGAAAGGUUACAACUUAUUGACAAGUAUAACAAUGACAAUGGUAUAUUUGUCUUCUUGCUGUCUACAAAAGCUGGCGGCUUGGGUAUCAACUUGACAUCAGCCAACGUGGUAAUCAUACAUGAUAUUGAUUUCAACCCGUAUAAUGAUAAACAAGCUGAAGAUCGAUGUCAUAGGGUAGGACAGACAAGGGAUGUUACAGUGAUCAGAUUAAUUUGUGAAAACACAAUAGAAGAAGCAAUGCUCAAAUGUGCAAUGGGAAAAUUAAAACUUGAAGCUGAUAUCACAGCAGAUGAUGGUGAUGAUGAAAAUGCAACCGAUAUGGCCUCUUUGCUGAGAGACUCUUUGGAACUUUGAUGCGAUGCAAUCUUGGCAACUUUAAAGGAAUGGCUCCCACAAAUUAAUAGAUGUAGAUUGCUCAUGCUUUCUUUGAUGCAACAAGCAAACAAAGCCUCCGUUCGUUAUCAUCGAUACAUUUUAAUUAUGCACACCUUUCUUACCUUGAUAAAUGAUACCACAUUAGGAUAACUAGUGAUGUGUAUUUUUUAUUUCAGGUAGAUAAACUGCAUUUUGUGUUAUUUAAAGACCAACUGCCUGUACAGCAAAUAGCGUAAUAUAUAUAGUCAUGAUGAAUAAAUUGAAAACUGGAGA